CUUGUGGCGGGAAGAGGAACCGCUACCUAGGCGUAUACGUCACUGUCGCAAAAAAAAAAAAGCACAGAGCGGCCGCUAGCUUUACGGCAGUUUGUGAUUUAAAAAUUUAGACAUGGCAGCCUCGUUGAUUUGCAGCGAAACUCAAAGCAGGGUGAGUUCAGUGCUAAACAGAGAUGUGAAGCAGUACGGGAAGAAGUACAUGUUUGACUGCAACGAAGAGACGUGCUGGAACUCAGACCAGGGUGAAUGUCAGUGGGUGUCUCUGGAGUUCCCCCAGUCUGUCAAGGUGUUGGAGUUGAAAGUCCAGUUCCAGGGAGGCUUCUCAGCAAAAACCUGCAGACUACACGGUUGCCCAAAGGAUGGAGCCUUUACAGAGAUCUGCCAGUUUUACCCAGAGGACGACAACUCUCUUCAGAGCUUUCCCAUACAGGAGGCCCCUGCAGUGGACAAAGUAAAAAUAAUGUUUGAGAAUAGUGCCGACUUUUUCGGGAGGAUUAUUGUUUAUUCCUUGGACGUCCUCGGGGAGAAAGCCUCAUGACCAUUUUUUAAAAUGCUCUCGUGAGAGAGGAAGUGACUCCUGAGUACAGGACACAGGAUGGUGUGGUGGCACUUGGGAAACAUGUCAUCUGCUCUGCCACCUCAUGAACUGAUGUGUAUGUGGCCUUUUUUGGUAUGGAGGCUUUCAGAGAUCUGUCAAGCCAUCUCACUCGUCAUUACUCAAACACAGAAGGCUUUGCAUUGAGUCGGAUUGAUGUUUAAUUGCAGAUGUAACGGGUUUCUUGUGAUUAUAAAAGCACUUGUAAUCAUACUCUACGCUUGUAUUGUGCCUUUGAGUUGAAGCACCAUUCCAGUGGAACACACAGUAUAAAAAUAUUUUUUAUUAAAACAUGUUUACAAUCCUUUUUUGCUGUCCUUCAGCCAAACAAAAUAAUUUCUGCUGCUCAACGUUGCAUUAUAAGUUUUUGUACACUGUAAUACAUACAAUGUAAUGCAUUAAUGGAAUAAACCAUUUGUAAAAAAACA